GCUACCAGCCAGGACCAUGACUUAAGCUAUACAAUUUCAAGCAUAUUGGCAAGGCAACUAUGGCUAUGGCUCGCCUCUCCAAAAGAGUAUGGGAGAAUGUGAUGAUAUUGACCGAUACCAAGAGGAAGGUCUACCAGGCUUGUGUUUUUCAGGCUUGUGUUUUGAGCACGUUGCUUUAUGGAAGUGAGAUGUGGGCAACUUGCACCCUCCAGGAGAGACUCCUCAAAGCCUGUGUCAGGCAGAUUUUGGGAUUCACAUGGCAGGACAGAUAAAUAUGUAUUCUCCCAAGCCCGUAUUCCCAGAAUGUUCGCACUCCUGUCUCAGUGACAUCCACACUGGCUUGGUUAUGUUCCUAGAAUGUAAAAUGGCAGGAUCCCCAAGGAUCACCACAACUGGACACCUUCAUUUGCCCCAACUGCAACAAAACAUGUCAGGUUUCGGUCUCUACAGCCACAGCACACACUGUAAUUUUCCAAAGGUUUGACUACAGCACAAAAGGCACACACUUCCAUUGUCUCCCAAGACAGAUGAGUGUCAGUCAACCAGAGGGGUAGUUGGGUUAGUCUCUUGGGGCAAAAAAAUAGCAACGAAGUGCUUUGUGGCACCUUAAAGUCGACAAAUUUAUUAAGGUUUACACUUUGAUGGAUUACAGCCCAUUACUUUGAUUGGUUGCAUGAAAUGGAACGGACUUCCUCGGAAGGUGGUGGACUCUCCUUCCUUGGAGUUUUUUAGGCAGGGCUUGGAUGGUCAUCUGUCAUUUAUACUUUAGAUUCAUGCAUUGCAAGGGGUUGGACUAGACCAUUGGAAUCCCCUCCAUCUCUUUCAACUACUAGCAUCUCCAGGCAGGACUGGAAAAGACCCAUGUCCAAAAAACCCCAGAGCCACUGCCAGUCAGUGUAGUAGACAAUGUGGAGCUGAGCUGCAGCUUCUGGUGUCCCUCCCAAGUUCUGACUUGGUUGCCCAACCCACAGAGGGUGGCUGUGUUUCAAGGCACAGAAGAAGCAUCAUAGUGGAUAGCUGGAUGAAGAUGUUGACCCAGUGUGUGACAACUGUGAAAAGGGUGAAUUCCAUGAUAGGAGUCGUUGGGAAAGCGAUUGAAAAUAAGACUACCGGUAUCAUAAUGUCAUUAUACAAAGUGUCAUUAUACAUGAUGUGAGACUACACUUGUACUGUAAUACAGUACUGUGCGCACUUCUGGCCACCUCACUGCAAAGAGGACAUUGUGGAGCUGGAAAGGAGGCAGAAAAGGCAAGCAAAAUAAUCAAGGGGUUAGAGCAGGUUACAAUAUUUUGGGCUGUUUCGUUUAUGUGUAAUAAGGGGAACGUGUUAAGAGGGGUAUAAGAUUAUGCAAGGUGUAAAGGAAGUGCGAAAGGAGUUUCUCUCAUAAUGCUAGAACAGUGGGGUUCUCCAAUUAAGCUAAAUGUUGGAACAUUCAGAGCAGGCUAAAUAAUUAGCUACCUCAAGAGGCUGUAAUGGCCACCCACUUGGAUUGGGUUAAAAGAGGGCUGGAGAAAUGUAUGGAGUGUUUGUGGCUGUGUUCUGGCUCCAAUGCUUGAGGCAGUGUGCCUCAGAAUACCAGUUGCUGGGAAUCGCAGGUGUGGAAAGCUCUGGUCCUUUUGGUGGGCUUAUCGGGGGCAUGUGGUCCACCAGUCUGAGAGCAGGAUGUUGGACGAGGUGGGUCCUUGGCCUGAUCCAGGAAGGCUCUUCCCCCCCCCCCAGCCUGUUUACUCGGAAGUAAGAUCAGCAGACACUUCCUCCCACCUUGGGCUGCCAUUCUGUGCACGCUCAAUUGGGGAGGCCAAGUCCCACUGGAGCCCGUGGGCCUCUUGCGUCACGGCUUUGGAUCGCCCUCCCUCGUCAGCAUCUCUCUCCUCCCGGAUCUUCGCUCCGCCCGCCCCGCAUUCUGGGGCCGGCCUCUGGCACAGCGCUCCUGCUGCUGCUGCUGCUGCUGCUGCCGCCGCCGUCGUCCUCCGCGCUCGGGGCUGCUCGCCGCCCGACCGAGCGAAGCCAUGCUCGGCAAGGACUAUAUGCUGGCCAUCAUCCUGGUCAACUGCGACGACAACCUAUGGAACGACCAGAAUCUGGAGGCAGAUCUUGAUCUUCCCCCAGGAUGGAGGAAAAUCCACGACUCCUCUGGGACCUACUACUGGCAUGUGCCCACGGGCACCACCCAGUGGCAACACCCAUCUUGCCCCUCUGGUUUAGCGCACACUGGGGAAGCGGCAUUGCCAGAAACGGAUCUUCAGGUUGCAACAUUAAGACGUCUGCCAGGGGAGAGACCUAUCCCAAGUCCGAUGGCAUCGCUGCCCAGAAGGACAUCAGUGAGCUGGCAUGGGGAGGAGCAUCACCAGGGCAACCCAGAGCUUGGCUCCAAGUGCUUCGUUGUGCGUUCGUUGGGCUGGGUAGAAAUCCCUGAGGAGGACUUGGCCCCUGGUAAAAGCAGCAUUGCCGUGAAUAACUGCAUCCAGCAGCUCUCCCAGAACAAGUGUGACGACUGGGACCCUGCGGACAGGUGGGGCGAGGGCCAAAACAUGGUGAUGAUCCUGAAGAAGGACACAAUGAGUUUAGUGGAUCCUUUGGACCAGAGCCUCAUCCACUCCCAACCCAUCAUCAACAUCCGUGUCUGGGGUGUCGGAUGCAACAAUGGCAGGGACAGGGAUUUUGCUUUCGUGGCCAGUGACAAGGACACGUGUAUGCUGAAGUGCCACGUCUUCCACUGCAAUGUGCCUGCCAAGGCCAUUGCCAAGGCCCUGCAUGAAAUGUGCUCCAAGAUCAUGGCUGAGCGAGCCGUGGCAAGCAACAGCCUCAGCCGAUCUGUUACCUUUGAACCUCUCACUCCAGAUGACGUCUCUCUACAAGUUGACAUUCUGGAUGCCGUGGGAGAGUCUGUCCGGAAAUAUGAAGCUUUGUAUAUUGGCACCUCACCAGUGUCCAAGGCCAUGGGGAUGGAUGUGCUAAAUACUGCCAUCGAAGACCUGGUGGGCAGCCGUGGCCGUGACCAGUGGACUCCAUCUGUUGUCAGUGUUUCAGACUCAGUGAUGCAAGCAGACCAAGCUGAGGCUGAGGACGAGGACGGCUCUUGCCUGUGGGAAUGUCAGGUCCGCUAUGUGACUUUUAUUGGGAUUGGGAAAGACGCCCACACCUUCGCACUCAUUACUGACAUGGGCCAACAACGUUUCCAGUGCACAGCUUUUUGGUGUGAGCCAGAUGCCGGCACCAUCUCAGAAGCGGUGCAGGCCGCAUGCAUGGUCCAGUAUCAAAAGUGCUUAGUGGCUUCUACAUCGCGAAUGAGACCAAAGAGUGGCUCACGCUCCAUCCUGAAGAUGAAAAGGACAGUGUCAGUGGACUCACCAGUCUGUUCCUUUCCUGUCACAGGGCACUCCCUGCAGAAAAAUGGCAACGCGGCCACUACACGCAAGAGGGGUUUAUUCUCAUUCUUCGAAGCAUUUCGCCAAAAACAUUCCAUACUACACACCCCUUAGCCCAAAAUAUAUGGUGUGAGACAGGGAUGGUGGGCCCCUUGUGAUACUUAACAGUGGCCUUCCUUUGAUAUCCAGGUUCAGAAUGUAAAUAGCGUACUUUUGCCUGUUGACUCUUUCAUUGAAUCUAAGAGCCAACAGAUCCAAGGAAAUCUGGCCCCUGAGAGAGGUCUGUGGCUGAUUCUAGACAUGUUAUGCAUAGUUUUGCUAGUCCUUUGCCAUGUAGAUGCUAUGAGAAGGAGGCAAUGUUGCUUUCAGGGGGAAGAAUAAACAAAGCUGCACCUGAAUGUUCCGAUAAUGUUCCCUGGCAUGUGGAGUAGGCAGCAUCUAAUGCACCACACAGGCUUAAAACGCUGCUCCUGCUUGCCCAGGUGGGUUAUGGAACAGGGCAGAGCAGGCAUGCCAGCUUGAAGCAGUAGCUCCACUUGGUUUUUUGCAGUAAAAGCUGUGAGUAUCGCCACUCUUCCUUCCCCAGCUUGCAGCAUGAAUGCUUGGCAUACGAAACCUGACUGUAACCCUAGGCAGGCCAUGGAACAGCCACUCGUGUUAAUUUGCGGCAGCAAAUAGAUGCUUGUGAGCCUCUGGAUAUAUCAGAUGUCAGUACAGAUACAUAUUUCCCUUGAAAAGUGACAAAUAGUCUCUUCUUUUUGAAUCGGCAUACUGAGACAUAAGGACUCUCUCAACCCCCCUCCCUCCCUAAAUCUGCUCCAUAACAGUUUAGAGGGCACACAGGGGGAGGACGGGGGGUCCACGUUUUAUUGUGCAAUUGGAUGUUCUUCACACAGUGCCAUGUUGGCUACUUCCCAUACACUGUUCCAUCGAUGCCACCACACUAUUAUCUCUUCACAGUAUAGCCUGCAACAGGCCUGUGUUUCUUUGGCAACGUCUGGGCUAAUCCUUUAACUUCUGUACGUGCUGUAGCAACUAUUCUUUUGAAACAAGCCAGUGACCAUAAUGAAGCCUAGAAUAAUCAAAGGGUGCUUAGCUCCAGUGCUCACUAGCAAAAUGUCUGGUAUGUGAGUGAGAGAGUCAUCGGCAUUCAUUACUGUCCUAAUAACACCAGCAUGCCUAGUCAGGCACUUGGAUCGGGAACAAUGAAUUGACCAGGCCAUCACUGUAGGACCCAAUGCUGGCUAGCAACUCUGACAGACAAGUGAUUCACACUUGUAAGAUGCAGGUAAGGAGAAUAUAAAGCUGCUUGUGGAUUCUCCCCCCCCCCAUUUUUUUAAAAAAGAAAAAGCCUAUAAAUAUUGAGAGCUUAUUGCACCAACAUUGGCAAAAGUGACUGCUGAGUCUCAUUUGAUCUGUGUCCAGAAAUGGGGAGUGAGGCUGGUGCGAUGAAAGGGUAAAUCUCCAAACACGUUCCUUUCUUUUCUGUUUGGGAGAUAAGGUAACCCAUCAACUUUAUCUUAUUUAUAACUAGCCCCAUAUUAAGAUAGACUCAAGUCUACCUCAGUGAUACUUUAUAUCUGAUCAUUUGUGCAAAUAAACUACUAAUAUGGAAGAAA